ACCAAAUUAGGUAAACAGCGGACAUUUUGCACUACUCCUGACCUGGGCCAAGGCUUUGUGUUCGGUGACAACUACAGGGACUGUUUCAACGUCGGUCAUGAACAUCAAGUACAACAUGCACGAUAUUCUGAGCACCAAGUUUCAGGACGAGUGGAUCCGGUCUAGGCCAAGAGACGUCGGCGAAAGUACAGAGAAAUACCAGCAGGAAAAGCCGAAAGUGGAUUACCGGAAGUACUACCAGAACCACGCGUGUAACGUGAGGACCUACAUGCCGUGCCCGAAGAUACCCAGGCCACUCUGGCAUAUGCCCAAGUUUGCCAGGAAGGCCAAGCCCCACCUGUGUACGUUCCGCAGCGCUGGCUCCGAGCAGGCAGCCUACCAGAGCCGGCAGUAUGACAGGGUGGGGCGGGAGGGGGACCUCGGGGCUGGGAUAGCCAUCAAGGCCCUGAACCACGUCGACUUUGAGCACUGUCCACAGCCAGUGGAUGCUGUGUGCAGCAACUGAACAGAACACCUCAACACACCAAGUUCAAGUCUCAGUCUCAAGUUCAAGGACGGCAUGAGUCACAGGGAAAAUAAUACCGGUAUAUUGAUGACGUAGGCCUAAACAAAUGGGUAACAGGGAAAGAUCAGGGAAACGUAGCUUUUUUUAGAGCAUCCGAGCGAAGGAAUGAA